AUGGCAUCCGCUUUGUGGAAUAAUUUCUCCCUGCUCGUCCUUGGCCUACUGGUAAUCAGCAGCAGCAAUUUACUCGCGGGAACUCUGGCCACGGACAGCGAAGUUGUGGAAGCCGUCAUCGAUGUAACUGGUCCCAAUGAACCCUCAAAACUGAAUAUGGAAUCGACGUGGGACUCCCAGGGAGCCAUGCAGGUGCAGCCCUACAAUAUCCUGGAGGCCAACUGUCCCGAGGGCUAUAUCCUGGCCAACAAACAUUGUCAUAAACCUUCCUACAUCUACUCCUUUUGGUCAACUAUCAACCAAUAUGUUGUGGUCGUUUCCAUGUCUAACCUGUCCUCCGCUUUAGCCCAACGUUACCCCAGGGACGAGGUGGUCCGGCUAACCGCAUACAUAAUUUGCGACAGCAACCGCAAAAUGUGGCUGGAGAGGAGUGGGAAGCAGAUACAGGAGCAGGAGUUAGGGCAGCAGCAGGAUCCCCAUUCCUCGACUCAUCUCCUGACUGAUAUGCAGCCCGGAGGCUGUCAUUAG